AUGCAACGUACUCGGACCAUUGUUGUAAUGGGACCGCCAGGCACGGGGAAAACGACCUUCGUGAAUGCAGCAACGGGCGCAACGCUGCGUAUCGGCGAUAGUCUCGACCCUUGCACAAUAAAAGCUCAAAUAGCACAAACACGGCUGGGUCACGAAAAUAUCGACGUCGUCGAUACACCGGCGCUGGAUACAGAGGGGGAGCGCGCAAUUGCAGAAUACCUGCAUCAACGCAAAGGAACGAACACGGUCGUCGGUGUAGUGUUCGUCAUCGACCUCAACGGGAGGGUGGGCCAGGAAACCAUUCACAGCUGUCACAACCUGCGCAAACUAUGCGGGCCAAACAGCUCGGCCAACGUCAUAUUCGUAGUCCACGCUCCGGGCCCCGAAAGCCAGGGAUUGGAGGAGAGGGGGAAUGAGUUGCGCGGAAUCAGUCCGUUUGACGAGUUCUUCAGGGAAGGGGCCUCCAUGACCUUGUUCGACGGCACUCGCAAGUCCGCCCGAAACAUCCUACAAUCAUUGACACACAAGCAGCCAAUGAUACUGGCGUGUCUGACCGAAAGACGCGGCGCGAUGACGUCCUCCAACAUUGAUCGCGAACUACCGUCCCCGGAUGUUGCACGCUCCGGCUGUUGUUCCCACUGGUGGCCCUGGAACAAAUCCGCCAGUCACGGUGAACCGGAACCCGUUCGUCGUUAUUAG